UAGUAGAUUAGUUAAAUAAUAGCCACAAAGAAUGCCAGAAAAUGCGGCCAGCUCGUUGCCCACAGAGGGUGGCCUCCGGCACUUGCGCAGCCAACUGGCGGGCAGCACCUUUGGCCAGCGGCGCGAGGACAUCUUUCGUCGCGUCCAGGAAAGUGCGCAUCAGAUCGCGCUGAAGUUCAGUGGCAAAGAACUGGCCACGGAGCGGGAUGAGUCUGUCCAGGAACUGUGCGAUUCCCUGGAGGAGCUGCUCUCCUACGGACUUCGUCAAUCGGCCAGUGGCUCCACCUUCAGCGCCGCGAAUUUCAUCCAAAACAUGCAGGAAAUGGUGUCCGGAAGUGCCAGCGGAGGCAGCAACAACAAUGACGCCACUUUCUGGGAGUUUUGCCAGUCACAAUUGACGCCCCACGAACGCCAGCGGUACGUGGAUCUCAAGCAGAUCUGGACCAAUGUGGGCCGCGGACGUGCCUUCAUCCGAUCCACGCUGAACGAGCGGCGUCUGCAUAGCCAUGUGCUCACCUGGCUGAGCGACGAGGAGCAACUGCAGCGGUACUACACACCCUGGUCGCUGCUGCUCAACGAUGAGGCUGCGAAGAAGCUGCCAGAGAUUAUAGACUCCCUCAGCAAUGUUUUAUUCGCCCUUAAUGUGGACACGACUGAGCUAAAUGCGCCCAGGCGGUCGACAACCGCUGUUCCCGUCAGAGAAGAGCCCAUUAUCUACGCUCCAAGCCCAGUGCCUGUCUUGGUUCGCCAAAAGAAUCGUCCUGGCAACGCAGUGGAGCGACCCAUCGAGGGCGCCAGUUCCUUGGAGGAUUUGCUGGGUGCCCUGAAACCCAUUGAGGUGGUGGAGGUGCAGCAACUGGUCUCCAAGGAUGCCAUUGAAAAGGAGCUGGCCAAGCCUGUUGAAGAAGUCUUCGUGGGUCCUUUUGAUCCCAUUGGUCCUGAGUUGGAGUUUCUCAAGACGCCCCUGCCAGAGGUUCCUCUACAGGCUGCCCCAGAGCCAGAUUUCUACGAGGACCGCAGCGAUACUUCUUCCCAAUGGAGCAAGUCCUCCUCCUCUGCCAACUGUGCGGCGAACAAUCAACAGCAGACAGCGCUGGAGGAGCAGGUGAACCAGCUGAACGAAAGAUGCGCUCUCCUGGAAACCCGCGUAGCGGAGCUGAAUCUACAGAACCGCCUGCUCAUCCGAAGGCUCACCAAACAGUUCGAGGAGACGGGCAUUGAUCCCAGCUCGUCGCUCUGCUCCAACUUCCUGAUAACCAUUCCGCAAGUGAAGCUGGCCAAGUCGGUGCGAGCUGGUUCCCACUACACCUACGAGGUGCACAUCACGAUGAGGCAGCGCCUGGAGCACUGGACGUUUUUCAGGCGCUACAGCGAGUUUAACAAGCUGCACAAGUCCCUGCUGAAGACACAUCCCGUGGUCAGUGCCGUGGAGUUUCCGCCCAAGAAGCAUUUCGGCAACAUGAACCUGGUCUUUGUGGAGGAGCGGCGCCAGCAGCUGCAGAUAUAUCUGCUUAAUCUCGUCGAGAUUCUGCCCCAGGUGGAGGCCUGCAAGUCCAAGGCGGAGCUGCAGAAGGUCUUCCCCUUCUUUAGGGAUAGGUAGCAACCUUUAAGAGAUA